AUGGAACUGACAAUGAUGCUGUCUAAAGUGGAGGUUAAUAUAAACUGUGAACAUUCAGUCAGGUUCAGUAGAGGGGAAAUUAACAAUGACAUCCUCCAGUCUACAAUUGGAAAAACUUUGGAUUUAUGUGACAUCAACUCACACAGCAGACGUCUGUUGAGACACAUCACAGUGACAGGUGAUAUUAUCCAUGAGUAUGAGUACCAGGAGGACGGUCACUCCAGACUGUUUACAUUGCCAGGCACAGUCACACAGAACAGUAACCGUGAUAUCUGUGUUGUGAACCGUACAAGUUUCACUACAGGUCAAAUAGUCAUUCUGUCGCUAUCUGAAAUCAGUCUAUCAUGGACAAAAUCUGACAGAGGACUUUAUAAAGCAACUGAUGUAGUAUGUGACUCCCUCUGUAACAUCCUUGUUACUGACAAAAACAACAAACAGAUCCAUCUGCUGAGUUCUGACAGGGAGUUCCUGAAGCUCUUACUGACAGACAAUGAAGUGAACCGUCCAGUCAGAUUUGUUUUGUUUUAG